GCGGCCAAGUCCGGCCUGGGCGGGCCGAGGGCGCUGUUUGAGGUCACCCUGGAGACCCGCCUCAGAGUCCAGGGGGAGUGCGCGGGCGGCCGCCGGCUGCGGGAGGCCUGGGAGGCGGAAGCCGCGCCGCGCGCAGCGUCUGCAGUGAACGAGCCGAAGGUCUGGCAGACUCCGGCGAAGCCUCCCUGCUGCAGGUUAUGAUGAUGUCAGACAAUGCUAAAGACAGAGCAGCUCGUUCAUGGAAGAAAAGAGGGAGUAUUUCUUCUCUAAGUAAUCAUGAAUUUUGGCAAAAGCAAAUUCAUGGGCACAUCAAAGAUUCUACGAGUACUGUGUCUUAUAUGGAUGAACCUAGUCAGCGUGAUGAUGUCUCUCGCCUUACAGUUCAGAUGGAAAACACCUAUCAGUUGGGUCCUCCCAAACAUUUUCCUGUGGUCACUGUCAAUCAUAUUUUGAAAGAUGUAUUAACCAGCUAUCUACAAGUAGAAGAAUAUGAUCCAGAGCUCUGUAGACAGAUGACUAAAACCAUUUCUGAGGUUAUUAAAGCCCAGGUGAAGGACUUGAUGAUUCCACAGUAUAAACUAAUUGUGAUUGUUCACAUUGGACAAGUGAACAGGCAGAGCGUACUUAUUGGAAGCAGAUGCCUCUGGGAUCCUAAAAGUGAUACCUUUUCAUCUUAUGUUUUCAGAAAUUCUUCUCUCUUUGCUCUUGCAAAUGUCUAUGCAGUUUACCUAGAGUGAUUGAAAAUAAUAAAUCUAGCUCUUACUUUUGAAAAUUCUGAGGCAGGCUGUAUGUCUGUACACAAAAGUUUUACUGCCAAAAACUUUGAGAAAGAAACAACACUGAUAUUUCAAGCAACCGGAAGCUUUUGAAUUUUUUCAUAUUCUAGUAAAGAUUGGGGGAGGGGAGGGUAGCUACAGAAAGAAUCUUGUUUAUCUAAAGCAGGAACUUGGUCUUGGUUUUGCUGGAUUGUUUUCCAUAGACAUAGAUUCUUAUUAAAUAUUUGUUUUGGUACUAAUUAUUUUAAUUAUUCUUUAAUUAAAGUGUUACAAUUUCCUGCAUUGUUUUUUAAUAAAAAGAAGCUUUAGAAAAACUAUGGCUAUAUACCCUGACCAAUAAAUGAUAGUAGAAUAUUCAACAUGAUAUACACAAAUGAUAAAUAAUAUGCCUCAGUGCUGCAUAUAAAAGAAUACUGGUUUUCAUUUUGUGCUUAAUAAAUUGAGCAGCAUUCAUUAAGUGCAAUUAUUGUUACAUGUACCUGACAGUUGAAACUGCUGAGGUAGAAUUAAUGGCUUCAUAACAAUUACCGUGGUCCCACGGGCUGCAAGCUAAAACUAGAAGCUCUUGUGGCUUGCCUGCACUUUACACAAUUGUGGGAGAACCGAAUGUUGGCUCUUCAGUAAUGGAAACUAUAAAGUGAAUAAAGGCUUUCUGGGACACUGAAGUAGACACUGUGAUAUUAAAUAUACAUGAUGCUUAAUACUAAAUGUGUCUGGAACACAUAAAAUCAUUUAUUGGAAAGAGACAUUGCUUUUAAAUAUCCUAGGCUAACAAACUUUUUCACAAAAUAUAUAGCUGGCACCUUAACAAAUAAAGCAUGUGUAUUUACCAUUUUACUCCUAUGAAUUUAAUACUAAAGUGACCCAGUGAGGUUUUGAAUAGAUGGGUGCUAAAAUUUACAGGGCUGAAAUAGCUUAUUAUUCUGCUGGUUAAUGUAUCUUAUGCCAUGGAUCAUUUAUUUUUAUGAAGCUUUCAAGUCUUUGUGUGCAAGUAAAAUGAUGUUGUGGCAUUGUUCUUGGAUGGUAAGUGGACUGCCUAGAGGACAUUUGUUAAAGGUCAAAGACAAAUUGUACACAUAUGGAGAAAAUUAGCAAUGCUAUAGUCUUAAGGAAAAAAUGAUUUGUCAUUCAUAUCAAAAAGAGUUUAGCAAAAGGAAAACCAGCCAGUGCUUUAAUUUUAAAAUGUUUUGGUGUCUUACUUUUCCCCAAAAAUGACAGGUAGUAAAAAAUGGAUACUUUUAAAAUCCCUUCCCUUCUGCUAUUUUCUGGCUUUUAAAGUGAUUAUUCAAAAUGAAUUUGUCAAUUUUCACUAUUUUUUUCCUGUUAGUGCAUUAGUGGGAAUAUGUCUAUGUAAUAAUUUAUCACAACCAAUAUUUGUCAAUCUCUAUAGAACAGUUUUCAAUCUGGAUUAGAUUACAGGUAUAAUAAGUAAAUGAGCUUCAUAUUUUCAUUACACAUUUGUGAACAUCUCCCUUCAUGGCACAACAGUGGGGGUAAUCAUAUAACAAUUUUGUAUGAAUAAAUGAAAAUGAAGAAACUUCUUUAACGUAUAGAAA